AUAUAGUCUGCCCCUCCCGGUCUCCCUUUUUUAUCUUUGUUGCUCUGUUGGAAUUAUCAUUUAGAGAGCAGUGUACAAUAUCCCGUAUACCGGACGUACAUUGGAACACUACCAAAAUGCUAUCAACAUCAUCAAGCCUCUACAGCUCAGGGAGCAGUACCCAUUCCUCAAACAUCUCCACAACAACCUCCACAACCUCCCACCAACAACAGCAAAAUCAGCAACCACCAAAACAAACCUUCCCAAUCGCCUACCCCCCACCCCAAAAGGCCCCCACCUGCUUCCGCCGCUUCACACCAAACCUCCUCCUUCAAAUCCAACAACUCUCAACAACAUCAAAUAAGCGCCGCCACAUCCCGAUCCUAGAAGUCUGGCAGCCGUCGAUAUUUAAUACGCGCGUUGCGAAAAAGGUGCCCAAGUUGGGGUCUGGGGAUGUGUAUGUUACGCAGUGUGAGGGGUUUUUGCAUUUGAGGUCGAGCUCGGAGGGGCGGACGGAUGGGGAGCGGGGGGUGAAUGUAAAUGCGAAUGUGGAUGUUGAUGAUAAAGAGGUUGAGAGGAUGGUUGUUGGUGUUGUUGCGCGGAAUGCGCAGGAUGAAGGAAAGAGGAUGGUUUAUUUUGAGAAUGGAGUUGGGUGGGAGGCUAGUUCGGAGAAGGGGGUUUAUCGGGUGUCGUUUCGGGAUAGGGUGCUUGAGUGGGAGAAGGAUGUGCAAGGGGAGCGGUUUGUGUUGAGGAUUGCGGAUUCGCGACGGGUGAGGGUUGCGAGGAUGAGUAGGACGAGUGUGGAGGUGGGUUCGUGGGGUAGGAGGGUUAGAGAGUAUUUGAGGGACGGGCUUAUUUCGGAGUUUGGGACUCGAACGAAAGAGGAUCUAGAUGGGAGGUUAUGUACCCUGAUACUGACAUCGGGGGUUUGGGUUGCCGGUCAGGAAGGCUGGAUCAAUACAUCAUAAUACGAUUGACACAAUGAUACCAAUGAAUCGAUUCUAGUUUACUAUGC